AUGCUUCACUCACUACGAUGGUCAGCCUGGGGUCCAGAAUACUGGGCCCUCGUCGGCGGCAUCAUCUCCUUCACAGCAAUGGUGGUGCUCCUCGCCCACUUUGACGGCAAGCCAAUCUCCACAUGGAACGGGGUGACACUCAACGCGGUAGUGUCGAUAUUGUCAGUAACGAUGAAGGCUGCUGUCGCAUUCGUCCUUUCGGAAUGUCUGGCUCAGUGGAAAUGGAUCCUCUUCACUCGCGAAGACAGGCCGCUCAUGGACUUCGACCGUAUCGACGCCGCCACCCGCGGCCCUCUUGGAAGCUUGCGAAUCAUUUUUCGUACCCAAGGCGCUUACGCCGUUCAACUUGGUGCUAUACUGACGCUGCUUGCCGUUGCUCUCGAUCCCCUCGCCCAGCAGGUGAUUCAAGUUCGAGAAGGCGUUGUCUAUACGCGAAGCACUCAGACGGACAAGGGGCCGCUUGCGCUGAACUCCGGCACGCAGACCUACUCCAUGGGCACAGCGCAAGUCACAGAAUCUUCGAGCCAAAACUCGACCACGAAGGAGUAUUGGGUUUCAACGAACACGCCGCUGUCCAUGCAAGGCGCAAUCUUGAAUGGGCUAUCCAAAUCACGCUGGGAAGUGGAACAAGAGGCAUUGAUCCAAUGCCCCACGAGCAACUGCACAUGGGACCAAUUCAAGAGCCUAGGGAUCUGCCACAAAUGCAACGACCUCACAUCAGAACUCAAGCAAGUCGGGGGGUUCGGACAGGCGAUUAUUGCGUUGGCAAACACCACAUUAGCUGGCUAUAAAGUCCCGGGUACAGCAUUCGUCCUGCCAAACGGUCACUUCAUUGCCAACAUCGAUGGCUGCCCGCCAUACAACGGACGUUACGCAGAAUGCGAAAAUGAACAGCCGUUGGGCGUCUAUUCGGAUGACAAGUACACAACCACAUCAUUCGGAACCGGAAUCCCAAGCAAAACCAACUCCAUGAAGGAUGUUGACACUCUCUUGUGGUCAAUGAGUAUCAUUCACCCAGACAUGGAGGCACUCAACAAGUCGUCCGGCUUCACUCCCGGUAAGUCGGAUAGGGGCUCUACGGCCGGACUCAAACUUUGGCCAGACAUACCGAUGCAAGCCACAGAGUGCGCGCUCUACUACUGUGUCAAGCGGAUCAACUCGGCGGUCGAAGGCAACCAAAUCCAGGAGAACGUCACGGAAGCCCUGGAUUCGAGACGAGAUCCAGAUUCAUGGAAACGCUCCUCAGAGUACGAGGACGGCCAACCAGAAAAUGUCAUUUCGAAAGAAGCAAACGGCACGCUGGAGUUUGACAAAUAUUGGUCUGCUGUUUACAACACCGACCUGAGGCUCGAAUUUCCCCACAUCAGUAACGAGGGCUACUACCGAAUUUCCCAAGACUCUGUUAAGUCCAUGGGCGCACACAUGCAGGAGCUGUUACGCACCAAUCUUUCAGGCACUCUGGACCAGAGAGAAGAGAUCGAGAAGAUUUUAGGAUCUGACGCGGUCGGCUUCAAUGGCGCAUCGUUCGGGCCAUUUGAAGCGGAAAAGUGGUCGAUGAAGGCUACACCACCGGCGUUAAAUGGUCUCUGGACCUGGACCAGACAUAACAUCACUAGCACAUUUUACACCCUAGCAACAAGCAUGACCAACGAGAUGCGAAGGAAUUACGCGCCGGGUCAAAGUCUGAAGAGCGGCCAAGAUACGGAUCGCUUUCAAGACGGUUCUCUGAGUUACUACGGCAAGGUGGGCAAGUCCACAGUGCUGUACCACAUCGAGUGGCCGUGGAUUGCUCUCCACGGUGUGAUGCUUAUCUCGGCGAUCGCGUUCUUGUUCACAACACUUGGGAACUCCAACAGUCGAGGCAAUGUACCUUUAUGGAAGAGUAGCUCCUUGGCCGCCAUCAGGCAUGGGCGUGAUGUUGGUGGUGUUUUGAGUCGCACCACCACCAUGGGUGAGAUGGAAGACACUGCGAGGAAGGUCCGCGUGAAUUUGCGCGGAGAAGAAAACGAGGAGACCAAAUCUUGUAUCGACCGUACAACUGGUUCAACCCCGUCUGAGCCAUAG